UCCCUUCCCUUGUGCCCGCGCGCGCGCCUCCGCCCUCGAACGCUGUAUGUACGAUACUGUAGGUAAGACGGCGGACUGACGUGGUGUCCUGUGAAAGGACCGUCUAUGUACCGUCUGCACACCUCGGCCCCGGCCCUCGUCCCCCUCGUUCUCCUCGUCGUCGUCGGGAGAUCGGGUGAUAUGCGGUUCGUCCCGAGGGCCGACACGGGUCUGGGGCUGGCCUCCAGGUCAGGGCUUGAGAGUUCCUCCUCGAGAGAGAGGCUCUUGCGAUCCGAAGGCGAAAGAAGGAAAGAAGGAAGAAAGCUACUGUGGCCGCAGCAGCAACAGCAGCAUCUUCUGUCCGCUGUCCGGGGUGCAUACGACACCUACGACACCUACAACACGAUACCUACGCACGCACGCGGUCCCACCGCUCCGCUCUGCUGCACCCCAUACAUACCCCAUACCUACCCCAUACCCCACACCCGUCCUCGCCCGUCCCUGUCGGGGACGCCCGUCUGCACGCGCGCUUCGCCACGGUCAACUGUCAACGGAGAAUCGUGAUCGUGAUCCUCCUGUCUGCUGCUGACUGCUGU